GAGCAGCCACACCUCUGCAUGGUAUUCAGAGAUCAUGGAGGCCAUCCUUGAGGUCUUCCUGUUGUUUUCCUUCUUCUUGUCCACUGUUAAAGGGCAAACACUAGGGAAAUACUAACAUUGGAAACAGAGAUGGUGAUGUUGAAGUUUAUUAUAAUGGAGACUGGAAGUUCAUUUGUUAUGAUUUUGAUGCUAAUGAUGCUACUUAUAGUUACGUUCCUGAUGUGGUCUGUCAUCAGUUAGGCUAUACUGGUGGUGUAGUUCAGCCUCAGUUUGGCAGUAGACAUGAUCGUCAAAUUGGGUUUUAUGAUAUGUCCUGCAAGAAGGAUUAUUUAGUCAUACUCCAGUGCAGCUUUAAAACUGAUAAUGUGCCUGCUAAUUGUAAUAAUGGCCGUAAUGUUUGGGUAACGUGUUAUUAUACUAGAAUGUGGGACAGAACACCAUAUACUGGAAUGGUACGCCUAGUGAACAGUAGUUAUAUAAGUCAAGGUAUAGUUGAAGUCUACUGUCAUGGAAAGUGGGGAGUGGUUUGCAAUAAAACUAACUCUGAAAGUUUUGCUCUUACUGUGUGCAAACAGCUAGGGUACAAUUUAGUCUCUAGUUAUGACUAUAAUACAACUUUCUCAAGUGAACUUUUUCCAUCAAUGCAAGAUGCAAAUUGUGACAAGAAGUGCAUAAAAGAUUGUGCAAGUUGUGAUGAGAAUAUUGACUCAUGUGGUCAUGGUAUUUUAAAUGUGUCUUGCAAAUAUGAAGGUACUGCUUCAAAUCAUGGCAAUAAAAUAGAAGCCUGUUCCCCUAUAAAUUUAUAUCCUGGUCAACUUGCAGUGACUGCACUGGUUUUGAUCCUUACCCUUUAUCUUUAUUUUAUUACUCGUGUCUGCAUUAGAAUUAUCACCAUGUGCUGUAGAAGGAGAAGAGGGCAACCACUUCUUGAAGAAAACCUAAAUAAUCAAGACAACAAUAGGAUUAAUAGGUGUAGGGCGAGGUGCAGUGUUAUUUGUGAUAUUUUGUGCUGUAACUAAAUAACUACUUAAUAAGUAGAAGUUCAACAGACUUUUUUGUAUUUUUUAUGCUGCUAAAAUUAAUUUAAAAUACAGAACACGUGGUUAAAAGAUA